GUGAAAUGCUUGACAACCGCUACGCGAAACUAGUAGGAAGUAAAUAACAAAAGUGUUUUUAAAUUAAAAACUUGGUAAAAUGUCGAGCGGCCGCGGCAGAGGCUACACCGGGCGGCACCACAUUCGCGAACCUCGCCCGGGUGACGCGGACAACGAGGAGGUUAACGCUGUGCGAACAUUGACUGAAUUGAGUCCGAGGUCCACAGACGCGAAACUGGGGGAUGGGGAAGCGAAAGACGAGCAGACGCAGCAAGAGGAGACGGGUGACGAAGAUAGUAUGCACGGCAUGUUGACGGUGGACGAACAGUUUGCGCCGUUAUUGACUUUGCUGGAACAAUUCACGCCAGGCGAAGACGGGAUACAGUUUAACAGAAAAUUGAGGCAGUUUGAAACGACCGUCACAGAAUUAUGUCCAGAUGAGGCGAGGUUACAACAAGCGUUCGCAACAUUCCGCGCGGCGGCCCUCCAAAGCUCGGUGACGUCACGCAAGCUGGCCACAGUGGGCGCGGCCUUCACGCGCCAGCAGCGGCAGGGCUUGCUGCGGGCGUCGCUGUUGAACAUUAUGCAGGCGACUUUUAGCAAAUUGGAAGUGUUGGAGCGAUCAAAUCCAUUGUACCUGAUAAAUGCUGCUAACUUGAUUGGAGAUUAUUUUGCUGAGGCGCGCCUGUGCAAUGGUAAAAAGGUUCACAUCUUGGCCGGGCCACUGGUUCAGUACAUGCGUGCUUUGCUCGCCAGCGAUGAUAUUAGAGCACACAGGAGUCUGGCAACACAGCUAAUGCAAAACGGUCGGGAACUGCUAUCAAUACUAUCACAAGAACUAGACGAGCUAUCAAUAUCAAUCCGUCUCCGUCUGCUCACACCGCCUUCCACGAGCAUCAUAUGGCUGCUGCUCUCCGCAGACCUGUGUCUGAACAAGUUCCUGCCCCUACCGAACACGUUGCAGCAGUUCUACGCUUCACAUUUGGAUCUGACAAGCGAUGAGAGCUUCAGUGAGGUGUCUUAUGGGUCGUGGAAGAAGGAUGUGGUGACGGAGGCUGUGCAGCAAAUGGCGAAUGUUGGUAUCAACCAGGAGGACGAUAAUAAGCCAAAGUUGAGGCCGAUUCUGGGUGCCGGGGCCGGGCUGUUGAGACAGGAACAACAAGACUUCGACACAUGGAGCACAAAGAGCAGUCUAACAAAACGUUACGAUCUCAACUCGUGGCGGCAAGAUGAGAAGGAAGAACCGGCUUUCAACCCAAGUGUCCCGCCACCAAAUUAUCAAGAAUACCCAUACAAUUACCAAGAAAACUUUUAUCUCCAACAAGGAGAUGGCAAAUACAUACAAAACGCCCAAAAUGUCACAGAAUAUCCGGAAAAAAUCAACAACGAAGUCCAAAAAGCGUGUCGGAAAGAAGACAACGAUGACAAGAAAUACAAGUCUAAAGAUAACCUCAACGAUGAUGAGAAAUUUCGUUCGGUAUCACGUAAUUCGUCACGACAGAAGAUAAGAAGGAAUAGCAAUGAAUCGGCAGACGUUAAAGCUAGGAGGCAUGUUAGUGAUGUGCCGAGGAAUCACAAGUACUGGGAUCAUGAUGAUCGGUGUGAUAAAGACUAUAAUAGUUAGUGAUGUGACGGUUUAUUAUAGUGUAGUGUUGUGCUUAGUGACAACGGUGAUGAUGGAUUUUGAGGUACGGUAAAUUUAUGUGGUAAAGUUGGUAGCGAGAUUGGAAUUAAAUUUGUGGUUGAGAUUUGUUGAAGUAGUUUUUUGUUGCGUAAUGUUAGUUUGGAUGUGAAACAGCUAGGUGUAAUAUGGAAAUAUACUAUAAUAAAUAU